AUGACAGACGAAGACGAAAUGACGCGUUUGAUGUCUCCAGAUGAAAUGGAUUAUUUGCUGGAAACGACGGGAAUUAACGUAUUGGAAGGAAUUAUCAAACAAGACGAUAAUGCCGAUAUUGAUGCCGAUAUUGAUGGAACUGCGGAGAACAAUGGUCGUGUUUCUGUACGGUAUGGUUCCCCCAGUAUUUUGAGUGUUGCCAAGAGCAUUGAGGGAGAGCAUGGACGCAGAAAGCUUUUUUGCUUGUAUGGUAUUGUUAUGAUUAUAUGUAUUGCGGAAUCUAUAUCUAUGACGGCUACAAUACCGCUGGUAAUGGAUAAAGUGGCCGAGGGAAUUGCAGAUGAAGAUGGACAUUAUGAUGCCGUAACUGUACAGAUGAUAGUCUCCAGUAUUUCUUCCUCUACUAUGAUGAUAGCUGGAGCAAUCAGCAUUUUUAUGGCAGGUAAAUGGGGAGAAUUAUCCGAUAGGAUAGGUAGAGUUCGCGUUUUCAAAUACAUGAGCGGUAUCAGAAUCAUUGGACUUUUGACGCACGUGUUUACUCUAUCAUCCAAGAUGAGGUACCAUAAAUGGGCCAUUAUUCUUACUGCCUGUAUUGUCCCAUCAUUCGGCGGGUUAUUUGCAUUAGUGGCAAAUGGGAAUAGUUACGUGUCAGAUGUAGUGAAAACUGAACAUAGAAUGGUGACAAUAGGGAUAAUGAUGAGCUGUAUCUAUGCCACCAUGGGUGUAGGUCCCAUGCUUGGAUCUUUCCUAGUCAAGUGGACCCAUGGCAAUGGUUUUAUCCCCAUCUACACAGCUAUAGUAUUCGUCACGCUAGCGCUCAUAAUAUGUGAAACUCUCAUGGUGGAACCCCGUCAUGAAACUCAGCUGGCCCUUUCGCAGUCAAGUUAUACCAAGAGGAGGGAAAAACUAAGAUCACAAUCAGGUUCUGACGAUACACGAAAGUAUCAAUCUAUUACUUAUAGUAAAUUCCAAAUAAGGAGGCUAAUGGAUCUGCUCGCUCCAGUAAAAAAACUGUGGCUGAAACCAGACAGCACAGGUUCUUUAGUGCCGCGGCAAACUGUUAUAUUACUCGUGGUACUCGAUAUAUUAUUCGUCUGCGGUACGACGUCAUGUAUGCCAGCAUUGGUUUUAUUCUCUACAUACGAAUACAAGUGGCAUGCGGUGGAGUUGGGCUAUUUCAUAUCAAUAUUGGGUAUUGGGAGAGGUAUUGUUUUACUGAUCGUGUCGCCUGCGUUACUAUAUGUGCUGAAACGAAUUUAUCAACAUUUGAACCAUUCAAUAGAUAAGAUAGACAUCUUUUGUAUCCGAUUUUCUAUGAUAGUCAUAACACUGAGUCUCUUCGUCAUGAUACAAUUUGGCCAGAAAAGUUCCACUUCGAUGGUGGUCUUUGCUCUUUUACAAGCACUAAGCGCCUUUUGCUCACCAACUUUGCAAUCGGGUAUCAUUAAAUAUACCUCAAAAAACCAUACGGGUGAGAUGUUCGGAGCAAUGGCCUUGGUAAGAUCAUGCGUUAUGCUUAUCAUUCCGCCCGUCCUGCUUGAGUUGUACGGCAGCACAGUCUCCGUCAACCCCAGCCUGUUUAUGUAUAUACCGUUCUCAACAAGUAUUGUUGCCAUCUUCUUGACAUUUUUCCUGAGGAUUUACAGUCACCCCCCACUGAACGAUUCUUAG